UACACUUUCCUAAGGGGACAGUCUCGAUAACGGAGGAAAUUCAAACCAAAAGUGUGGGGGACUAUACACUAUGACGUCUUCACAGGAAAAAUCCUUCGAAUGCACCCCUGGAAUUAGAGGUCAAUAUGUAAACAUCCGAAUAGCGGGAAACAACAAGAAGCUGAAAAUCUGUGAGGAGUCGGUAAAUCCUAAUCCAACAGUAAACAUUGCCGCGGUUCGAUCAGCAUCACAGUCCACCAAGGACGCGAAUGGUUCUCCAGAGCGUGCAGUGGAUAGAAAUCUCGACAGUCGCUAUGAUGGGUUAAGUUGUACUCAUACAUUACAAGAAAAUGGUCCCUGGUGGCGAGUGGAUCUGGGAUCAAGUCAGCCUGUGUCAGAGGUGUUCGUAGUUAACAGGGUAGACGAGUGUUGUAUGAAUAGGCUCUACAACAUAGGGAUCCAUGUGGGAGACGGUUUGGAGGAUAAUGGCAACUCAAAUCCAAGGUGUGGUGGAUUAUACUCGAUGGCCACUUUGCACAAAGCUUCGUUUUAUUGCAAACCGAGGAAAACAGGACGAUAUCUAAAUAUUAGACUUGACGGAAAUGGAAUGAUCCUAACAUUAUGUGAGGUAGAGGUUUAUUCUGAAAGUAGAGCUCUUCUGAAGAACAAGCCAGUGCAGCAGACAGUAAAGGACGCUUAUGAUAAAAGUUCCAUAACUUUGGUCUGUCCAGAGCCUUUCGGCUACCCUGAACCGUUUGUAGCCUGGGUCAGAGAUGGCGUCGUUCUUCAAAACAACACCUCCGACCUGACACUGAAUCUGUCAAUCAUUGCACC